AUGCCUAAGAAAGAGAAUAAGGGUGUGAACAAGAACACCGUCCUCGCCCGGGAGUACACCAUCAACCUGCACAAGCGCACGCAUGGCCUUCAGUUCAAGAAGCGCGCUCCCCGUGCCAUGAAGGAGAUCAAGGCCUUCGCCCGCAAGGCCAUGGGCACCUCCGAUGUCCGCCUCGACGUCAAGCUCAACCAGUUCGUGUGGUCGCAGGGUAUCAGGAACGUCCCCUACCGCGUCCGCGUGCGCCUCUCCCGCAAGAGGAACGAGGAUGAGGAGGCCAGCGAGAAGAUGUACACGCUCGUCUCUUAUGUGCCCUGCAAGGACUUCAAGGGUACCGUCACCCAGGUCGUGGAGGAUGUGUAA